CUUAACACAACAGGAAUUGUCGUAAGGAUGGCUGCUACCGGUGGCAUUCGGCCGUCAUAGCAGCUGCUCAUAGGCACCGCUGUGCUGCUGCAGGAUGCCCUGGUCCUGGUACGUCGACGCUGCCUUUCCCGCUGCUUGUGUGUUUGGUGGUGCAUACUAUCUCACCACCCGGUAUCGUCACUCGCCUAAACAGCCCAUCCCAACAUCGUCCUCACCGCAAUCGGUCACCCAGAUUGAGGCUCCAGCGGUGGAAGUAGUAGGAGCACAUUCUCCAAGCCGAUUGGGAUUCUCCAAGCCUGGUUCUCGGUGUACCAUCCUCCUGAUGUUCCGCUGGCCGAUCCUAUAUGGACAUCGCUACUAAACCGGGGUAAGAAUGCUUCAGACAAAUGGCGAGUAGCAGCAAAUGAAUUAUCUCGAAAACUAAGCGUCGAAGGAGAAACGUUCUCUUUCGCUACACGCAUCCAAAUCCCGAUGUAAAUUGAAGUGUUCGAUGGCUUUUUCCAUCACGAAUCAUAUACCAAAAUUCGGUUCAUUUUCCGGAGCCCGUUUUCAAAUGACAGCCCGUGGCGCGUUCUGCAGAAGGACUUUGACUCCGAUUUUGAGUAACGAGUGUUGGUCGUACCUACGCAAAUGGUCGUUCCAAAUUUGGUCUACUAGCCGCGCUCUAUCCAACGAGGGAUAACAAUGGAUCCGGGAAGGGUGAAAAAACAUUCCCACACCUGUGUGUAAAACGGUGAAAAUUUCACACAAAAUCACGUUUUUUGACUGGAAGAGUCGAGCUGAGUGGUUCCUAGGAGGACACGCUUGUGAGACAAAAGUUGCACAACUUGUACCGACGCGUCUGUCGCUGCCUGAUAUAGCUUUGUAUUAGCUUCCGUUCGAAAGUAAUUUGACGUUUUUCCUUCCUGCAGUAUGGAACAGGGAGGGCGGGAGGAGGUGCAAUACCCCACCGUCGGAUAGUACUUGGCGAGAGCUUUCCAUCGAUGCCCCGCACGCACGCCCUUAUAUAAGCUCGCGUUCGAAAGCUAUGCUCAUGUAAAGGUGGCCUAUCAAAAUUUGUGUUCGUGGAUCGGCGUCGGCAGUGGAAAACAUCCCCACAAUGUACGUUUGAAGUUGAUGCUAUCCGGCGAGGAAGAGUGGAAAAUCGCAAUCAUUGCAAACUCGAAAAUUAACUCGUUUUAUAUAGGCAUUUGUACAUUUCAAUUUAUUCCAAUGCUAUACGUGUAUUUUUACAUGGAAUCUUACACUAAAAUACAAUAAAUACAUAUUUAUUUCCCUUCA